AUGCGGCUCACCGCCGACCUCAUCCGGGAUUCCCUAUCCUACCUCAACCCUCUCAAGGAACGAGAGCUUGAUCUCCGAGGACACCGAAUUCCCGCGAUUGAGAACUUGGGUGUUGCUGGCCCUCACGAUGCCAUCGACUUCACCGAUAAUGACAUUCAAGCACUGGGCAACUUUCCCCUAUCGCCGCGUAUAACGACCCUCCUCCUCGCGCGCAACCGCGUCUCGACCAUCCAGCCCUCUCUGGUCAAGGCCAUCCCGAACCUGACCAACCUGGUGCUCUCGUCGAACAACCUUGCAGAGCUCGCGGACGUGGAUGCGCUAGGAUCUUUCCCUCGAUUGACACAUUUAGUGCUGUCGGACAACCCUGUGUCCAAGAAGGAGAACUACCGAUACUGGGUGCUAUGGAAGUGUCCCUCCGUGCGAUUCCUAGACUUCGUCAAGGUGAAGGACUCUGAGCGGGAGAAGGCUCGCGAGCUUUUCGGAACUGAAGAAGAGCCCACGCCUCUGGCUUCAAAGAUCCAGGGUAUCAAGACCACAACUUUCAACGCCUCCGCCGACGGCUCGGAUGCUCCAUCCAAGCUUUCACGAAUAAAGCUCACCGAUGUCGAGAAGAAGCGAUUACAGGAGCGCAUCAAGAAGGCCACCAGUCUGCAGGAGAUUAUUGCGCUGGAGAAGGAGCUGAACGAGGGACGAUUGCCCUCUGGUAUCCACGGAGACGCUAUGGAGGAAUGA